GGAAAGAUGUAACAGUGAAAGUUCUCCGAGUGUUGAAACUGGAGAUGCGGAGGACAGCUGGAAAAGGCUUAAACUCGGCUUUCCUGUAUCUGUAAUAGUGUGUCUGGCACAGGAAAGCAGCUGUUUUACGUCUGACGAGAUCUAAGAGGCACUUCAUAUUUUCAGUGAUUUUCACGUAACUGAAGAGGAAGCCAGCUAGGCUGCUGUGUUGCUGAAAGUGCUGCAGUCCAAGUAGGAGGGAAAUGUACCAGUAAUGCUCCUUCAGGCAGGGCACAGAAAUGAAGAUAAAGCAUCUGAAAGCUGUGGUGUCUGGGGGGACUGAGCCCAAGCAAAGAGAUCAUUUUCAAAUCCAGGGUGAAAUCUCUGACAAAGCACUUAGCUGAGAAAAGCCAGCUUCGUGCCAAAGUGUAUGGAGUGUAGAUAGCUGUCACACUGUGUUAGCUCUGAAAUCCUACGUGAAAUGGCAUGCGAGGCAGGAAGGCGUGUGGAGUGUAAGAGAAGGCUCCACAGAAAGUAGCAUGUGCUUCUUGGCGUAGAAGACAAGCUAAGAUAAUGAUUUGGACUCAGAAGGAGAUUGAAGAACUGUGAAUUGCUGCAUCACUAGCAACAUUUCUCUAUUGGAUCUAAAGACCUCUCAAAAUAUUAACUGUAAGGCUCAUUUUUAAAGGGUUGAGUUAUUUGGGAAAAAUCCCACAGGGUUUAGUUGUGCAUGGAAAAGACACUGGGUUGUGAAUUACUUUCAAGAGCCAGAUGGAAACAAGACAGUGGUCUGGUCAGCAAGCAAAAGUGUUGGGAAGCAGCAAGGACUGACUUGAUGUUCUUGACAGAUGACGACAUCUUUUCCAGCGCAUUUUGUGAAAACUCUGGGAAGCUUAUCAAUGUACAUUUGUUUGCCCUGGCUGCUAAGUAUUAUUCUUUGUCCAACCUUGGAGUGUGUACCCCGUUAGAAGAUGUGCUUGAAGCACUGAAAGGAGACAGUGAAGGAGCAACAGGUAUCAAACCGGAUGAGUUUAUGAAUAAUAAGAAAUCACAUGAAGUGCAGGUGAUGUCAGAGCUGGUAGAUGGCAUAGCGAAUUAUUGUGGGAUAAAGCAGGUGAUUGAUAUAGGUUCUGGGAAAGGCUACCUGAGUUCAUUUUUGUCCAUGCAAUAUAACUUAAAAGUUUAUGGCAUUGACUCCUCAAGCUCCAACACAAAUGGUGCUCAUGAAAGAAAUAGAAAAUUGAAGAAACACUGGAGAGCAUAUCAGAGUAGAGGAAAAGAAGCCCUCAAAAGCCAGAGUUUGGAAAAGGCAAAUGACAAGCCAGUGGAAAGUGAAAUUAAUUGUAAAACAAUCAAUGAAGAGCUCUUAAAUAAUGCCAACAGUCCUCAAAAUCAGGGCCAAGCGAUUAUCCAAGAUUUACUUCCUUCUUGUGGUUUCACAGAAAUGGCUACACGUGUAACCAACACAGAAGCUGAAGCUGAUUUAGUGACUGAGACACAAUCUCAUGAGACCAAACUUUCUGAAGAGGUUCUUGCUAUUCUAAAUGUUCUUCCUGCUGAUGCUGUAGAAGAUUUUUCUUCAUCUCAUAACUGCGUGGAACUCUGUGAAGAGGAAAAAGUACAAAGAAAAAUUGCAUCUCUCCAGGCUAAAGCAAGAAAGUCAAGUGAAUCGAACCUGUAUUCUCCAUUGACCUCUUGCAUCACUGCAGAAACAGAACUCAAUGACAUCAUAACAGAUCUGGAGGACUGUAUGAUGGUGGGUCUACAUACAUGUGGGGAUCUUGCUGCAAAUACACUACGAAUUUUUACUGCCAAGCCUGAAAUCAAAGCCGUUUGCAAUGUGGGCUGCUGCUACCAUCUGUUGUCAGAACAGUUUGAAAACCAAGAAGAAUGCCACGACCAAGUCUGGGGGUUUCCCAUGUGUCAGUACUUGAAGGACAAAGGCUGGUGCUGUGGUCGCAAUGCUAGGAUGUCAGCAUGCUUGGCUUUGGAGCGAGUUGCAGUUGGCCAAAUGCUGCCUAUAGAAUCAUUGUUUUAUCGAGCUGUUCUUCAGGUUAUUAUAGAAGAAAUUUAUGGUGUCACCAAAAGUGAUCGACAUGUUGGAAAAACCUUCUCCAAAUCAUCCUCCUUUGUAGAUUAUGUCAGACGGUCUCUGAAAAAGCUGGAACUGGAUGAUUCAAAGCUCCCAGACAGUUGUAUAAUGGAUUACUACGAAAAGUACAAGCACAGAAUGAUUGAGCUUGAAGCAUUUAAUAUGCUGAAGGUUGUUCUGGCUCCUUGCAUAGAAGUUUUGAUACUUCUGGAUCGUCUUUGCUACCUCAAGGAGCAGGAAAACAUUGCCUGGUCUGGACUUGUGAAGUUAUUUGAUCCUGUGAAGUCCCCCAGAUGCUAUGCAGUUAUUGCUCUGAAGAACUAGUCAUGUUCUUAAGUGGAAGCAAAUUGCAAAGAGGUUGGAAAUUCUGAACUGAUAGUGCUAUUUCCUCCCUUUUAUUCUGUUAUUUUUAAUUCAUUCCUCAAGUAAAAUGUUUGCUUUUCAGAUGCAAAAGAAAAAAGUGCAAUGCCUGUUUGAAU